CGGUAAAAAAUAAAAAACAGCCAGGAGUACGGUCUAUUCCUACGCAUUAUUAUUAAUUCCGAAUUCAUGAAAUUGAAUUGGAGAGAAGGAAUUCUUGGGCACAGUCAUUAUGGAGGUAUUGUCCUUAGCCUUAUGCAGUUUUCCAACGGUAGUAAACUUUGUGUAAGCCCGAGAUUUCUGGAGUCCCUCCUUUAUUACUCAACUCUCUUCCACAUUUUCUUGGGACCAUGGCGCUGGACGCAAACCAUUUCGCUGUAUACGUGGCGAUGCAAAGCAUUAUAUUGUCAUUCUCUACCCUAAUCUUGACCGCAUCUGGCAGUAGUUUUACAUCUUCCAUGGGACCGCUACUGCCGUAUGAUUUGUUAUAUUACUCGGGAGUGCGUGCGUAUUUUCAAGAAGAUUGGGACAAGGCUGCAGAGUUGCUCGAGAAGUCCAUCGCUAACAAGGAGUCGAUGCGACGUCUUCGCAGGAAAUGUCAUGAGGACUGUUUCGAUGCUGGGACAGAUAUGCUUGCUAAAUUGGACUCAGAAGGUGGCAGUUUGUGGGACCUCCAGGCUCUGGAAUGGGUGCAACAGAGAGCAGAGUGCUUGAGGUUUUGCGUGGGACGGUCGGUGAGCCCUGCUGGAUUGCUCCCUGUCUCCAUUGACAUAGACUACGAGUUCAGCACGCGCAACCCCUACAACUUCUUGCAAGUCAUCUAUUACAAAUUAGAGAAGCUGCAGAAGGCAGCCAGUGCGGCGCACACAUUCUUCGUGGCCAACCCGAGCCAUUUGGAGAUGAGGAACAACAUUGAGAAGUAUAGGAGGAUGAAGGGAGUGGCCGAGGCCGCCUUUCAGGACCGGGAGCAGCACAAGGAGAUGCAUUGGGCUCUGUAUGAUUCAGCGCUGCUCUCCGAGGCCUCUUCUGAUUGGCAGCUGGCAGCCAGGAAGUGGCGGGAAAGUGUAAACGAAACCCUGAGGCAGACAGAGGACUGCAGGGUCCAUUGUCAGAUGUCCCCUCAGAGCCUGCCGGAGGACAGAGGAGUAGACGGAGUAGACGGGGUGUUCGAGAAGGCCGCAGUUCUCUCUCUGUCGCUGCUCUCCUGUCAGCAGUCGUGCGUGACGCAGGUGGCCACACGACCAGGGAGAAUUUCUGCUCAGGAAGACUUCCUGCCCACACAACUAGAGCAUCAGCACAUCGCACAGUUCAAAGCUGAUGAUCUUGCUGGCGCCAUACAGACUCUUCGUUCUCUUCUCCUCUUCUACCCCUCUGACACCGAUUCCCUGGGUAACCUGCAGUUCUACUAUGAAACACUUGGGGAAGACAAAGAGUCACAAGACAAGGACAAACAGCCUGCCCAGGAGAUAGCGAACUACGUGAAUCGCUCAUUGCAGGAGAAGAAGCUCCUCUAUUUUGGAAAGGAGAACCUUGGUUCUGAUUUCAUAGAUCCGGAUCUGUGGACGCCGGAGGACGUGAUACCGGAGUCCCUGAGGGAGUCCUGGCGAGCCGAGAAAGAAAAGCUGAACAAGAAAGUUAAAGAGGAAGAAAAGGAGGAAGAGAUGGAUGACAGUGGAUUUUAUGCAGGUGGGCCUGUACCCCAGGUUGGAGUCACAAUCACGAUGGACGACGUGGCCAUGAACGGCACCAACCGCGUGGUACUAGAUGGCGUCAUAACCAGCAAGGAGUGUGACACACUGCUGCAGCUGGCCACGGCUGCGGCGUCGGCAGGGGAUGGUUACCGGGGGCGACGGUCUCCACACACACCCCAUGAGAAGUUUGAGGGGCUCACGGUGCUCAAGGCUGCGAAGUUGGCCCAGGAUGGCAUGGUGAACCAGUCUGAUGCCAGGCUGCUACAUGAGCUGGGUGAGAGGGUGAGGACUCUGCUGGAUUCCUACUUCAGGAGCCCGCCUGGACUCUUCUUCUCCUUCACACACCUGGUCUGUCGUACUGCGAUCACAGGAGAUCAGGAGGGCCGGCUGGACCUGUCUCACCCUGUGCACGUCGACAACUGUCUGCUGGAGCCGGAGACGGGGCACUGCUGGAGGGAGGCCCCGGCCUUUACUCACAGAGACCUCAGUGCUGUCCUGUACCUGAAUGACAACUUUGAUGGCGGAGACCUCUUCUUCACAACCCGGGAUGCCAAGACAGUGAAGGCCCGGGUGCGGCCCGGCUGUGGUCGGCUAGUGGGCUUCUCCUCCGGCCCGGUGAAUCCCCACGGAGUGACGGCGGUGACCGCUGGGAGGAGAUGCGCCCUGGCCCUCUGGUUCACCAAGGAGAAGCUCCAUAGAGAUGUGGAGCGGGAGGAGGCGGAGGCCCUGUGGGCCGCAGACGGACAGGGUGUGGCGAAGGCUACGGAGGAUGGCGAGGCAAAGGGAACCUCAGGCCGCAGUGGGCGGAGCCAGACACCCAAGGAGAAGAGUAGGGGGAGGGGCCGGGUGACGGGGGGCAAGGACGAGCUCUGAGAGACACACAGAAUGGACUGAAGGUGCGGCUUUGAAAUCCAGUGACCAUCCCAUAAUAGAACCCUGGUGCCUACCAACCGACCCUGGACCACACCGGCAGGAUCAUUUGCUGUAUUGAUUAUGAGUUGUGCAUAUUUUUUAAAGCAGUGCGUGUGUGUUGGUGUAUGUGUAUGUGUGUGUCUCUGUGUGUCUGUGUGUGUCUGUGUGUGUGUGUGUGUGUGUGUGUGUGUGUGUGUGUGUGUGUGUGUGUGUGUGUGUGUGUGUGUGUGUGUGUGUGUGUGUGUGUGUGUGUGCGCAUGUGUGUGUAUACUGUGGAAUAUACUGUUUCCAAUGCCUGAUACAGGACAUCUUACGGUGAGGAAAAGGCAUCACACAUGCUCUUAAAAUAUUUCAAAUAAAACAAAAAACUGAAAUAUCAAAAUGAA